AUGAGUUCAGAGAAGAAAGAAGCUGUUUGGACAGACACUCCAAUCUCUGCCUCGACUCCAGAAGUGCGCGGCACUCCUGAAGAUCAGGAGGAGAAGCUAGAGGCGGUCCGCGAAAGAAUUCUUGCCCAGCAUGAGCUUGAGAAGACGGUACCGCCGACGCUUCCCAUCACAACUCUAUGGAGGAAGAAACAACACCGUGAUCUCCAGCAAAUCGCAACCCAGCCAUCCAUCUAUGAUGACCCGGCAACCGCAAAGUACUUCCAGCCCACGGAGAAAUAUGAGAAUCUGCAUAGGUUCGACCCCAGUGCACGAUGGACCUGGGCGGAAGAGCUACCACUAAUCAACAAGAUCGAUUGGAAGGUCACCACUUGGGCCUGCAUCGCAUUCUUUGCGCUGGACCUCGACAGAGGCAACCUCAGCCAAGCCAAUACAGACAACUUCUUGGAAGACUUGAGUCUAUCAACCAAUGACUUCAACCUGGGCAACACCGUCUUCCGAGUGUCGUUUCUCUGCGCUGAACUUCCAUCUCAACUAGUCAGCAAGAAAUUAGGACCGGACCGAUGGAUACCUACCAUCAUGUGCUUGUGGAGCAUUGUUGCUGCGUCUCAGUUCUGGCUCAGCGGGAGGUCGAGCUUCUUGGCUUGCCGCGCUCUGUUAGGCAUGCUUCAAGGAGGGUUUAUCCCCGAUGUGAUCCUGUACUUGUCCUACUUCUUCAAAGGCUCGGAGCUUCCUUUCCGCCUGGCCUUGUUCUGGGUUACACUACGAGUCGUUGACAUCAUCGCCCCUAUCCUGGCGUUCGGUCUUUUACGUCUGCGUGGCGUGCACGGGUACGAAGGUUGGAGAUGGCUCUUCUUGAUCGAGGGCCUCUUCACCCUGGUGGUGGGUAUCUGGUCCUGGUUCAUGAUGGCGGCAUCUCCGACCCAGACCAAGUCUUGGUACCGUCCCAAAGGUUGGUUCAGCGAACGCGAGGAAGUCAUCAUGGUCAACCGGAUCCUGCGCGAUGACCCUUCCAAGGGCGAUAUGCACAAUCGGCAGGCCGUGGAUUUUAAACUUCUCUGGAAGUCUCUGAAGGACUAUGAUCUGUGGCCCAUCUACCUCAUCGGGCUGAUCUUCAACAUUCCAGCCGGACCACCAGACCAGUACCUGACUCUCACCCUUCGAAAUUUGGGAUUCGGGACGAUGGAUUCCAAUCUGCUGACCAUUCCGACCCAAUUCAUUGGCGCCGUCACUAUGUUGAUCUUGACCUAUUUGUCCGAGACCUUGAAUGAGAGAGCCCUGAUGGGCGCUAUCGGACAACUUUGGAUUCUUCCGAAUAUCAUCGCGCUGGCGGUAAUCCCGGCCACCACUUCAGCGUGGGCGAAAUAUGCCAUAACGACCGUCUUGCUGGGAUGGCCCUCCCCUCAUGCUCUGCAAGUGGGAUGGUGCAGUCGGAAUUCCAACACGGUCCGAACUAGGACUGUCUCUGCGGCUUUGUACAACAUGUUUGUACAGGUUGGCGGAAUUGCCCUUUCCAACAUCUAUCGCGCCGAUGACCGUCCUGUUUAUCGGCGAGGCAAUAGGCAACUGACUGCCAUCUGCGCGGGAACCAUCGGAUUGUACGGGUGUGUCAAGCUGUACUACAUCUGGCGCAACCACACCCGCGAGAAGAAAUGGAAUGCGAUGAGCUCAGAGGAACGACUCCACUAUCUCGAAACCACGACGGACGCAGGAAACAAGAGGCUGGACUUCCGCUUCGCGCACUAG